AUGAAAGUCAUGACCAUCGCAACGACCUUCCUUCUUGGCGGCACGCUCAGCUUCGCAGCCCCGUUCAGUCCUUCCUCGCUCUUCCGCCGCGACACAAACGGCGAGAUUCAGUCGGUCGUGAGCCGACUCAGCAUCGAAGGGCAUGCCGUGGAGCGUUGCUCGACGCCGUGCACGCCCUGGCUCAGCUCCAUCAGCAGCUGCGGCAACUCGUCGUCGUCCAACUCGACCGCCUCCUGCCUGUGCGAGACUCCAGCCGUCAAGGGCAUGAUUAGCUGUGCCACGUGCAUCGGAGCGAUCGAGACGGACUACGCGAGGAACGCCUCGAACAACUGCGCCAUCCUCACCGGCUACAACCUGACGGACAGCAUAAACGGCGUCGAAGGACGCGUCGGAGCGUCGCUCUUCGCCCUCGGCCUCGUCGGUGUCGCCGUCCUGGUCUGA